AGUUGCCGUAUAUUUAUGUAUGAAGGGCUUCGGUAUCUAUGAUUUAUAUGCAUCUUUUCUGGUGCAGGUGGCCAUAGAGACAAUCUAUGUUGCAAUUCAUACCAGAGGACAGGUUUGAAUUGCAACAUAAAUUGUCUCUAUGGCCACCUGCACAAGAAAGGAUGCAUAUAAAUCAUAGAUGCAGAAAACCUUCAUACAUAAAUAUACUGCAACUGAACUAUUUUGUCUCCCACCUGAGCAAAUGCAUUAGGCAAUUCCGAGUACAUUCCUGUUGCCCUUUCACGGUAGAAUACUGUCCUCUCAACUGUUACAACAGGUUGCACCACAAAAGCAUUUGAAGUCCCGAGGAAAAUAAUAGCAGAAUAGGUGGCUUCCAAUAGAUUGAUCAGGUCUUGUUGUUUGUAUCUGUUGACAAAAUAGUAAGAGAACUUCAUUAACCAUAUCCAAGUAAAGGAAGUAAAGAAAGCAAAAAGGCAUGUGGUUAAAAAAUAAUUAACUGUAGACUCACAUCUGGUCUUUCAAUGUGCUUUACCUACUUCUCAAUGUAUGGGAUGAUGGUUACUGCUCUCACUCCCGACUAUCAAAUUGCUGAUAUUGUUAGUUCCUUCUUCUCGAAUUUCUGGAACUUGUUCUCUGGUUUCCUCAUCCCCAGGCCACUAAUCCCAAUAUGGUGGAGAUGGUACUACUGGGCUUCUCCAGUUGCUUGGACAAUCUACGGCAUUUUCGCAUCUCAAGUGGGUGACAUUACAUCUGAAGCUGAAAUAACUGGAAGGAGUCCAAGGCCAGUGAAUGAAUUCAUCAAAGACGAAUUGGGUCUUGAUCAUGACUUCCUUGUACCUGUAGUUUUUUCUCAUGUGGGUUGGGUCUUCCUCUUCUUCAUCAUGUUUGCCUAUGGCAUCAAGUUCAUUAAGUUCCAGAGGUGAUAGAGAAACUUGAAUGCUUUAGUCAGGACAGAGUGUAGAACAUCAUAGUUAAUAGAGAGAACAGGAAAGUGUUUGUAGAAUAUUAUAGUUAAUAGAGAGAACAGAAGUGUUUCUUCUUCUUUUCCCCUUCACUCUUCUUUGUAAGUUUGCUCGACUGUGAUUUUCAUUUUGUUAUCGGUAUGUAUAAUUAUUCUUUCUUAUCGAUUUACCACAACAAAGUUUGUAUAAUUAUUUUGUAUAAUCAAUUACAAAAGAACGCUUUAUUAAAA